AUGCGGACCUCAACGCUCUACGGAGCCUUGUUGCUGGCUCUGAUCCGUGCAGCAGUCUCGCAAGAUCCGAACGACUUCUCCGACAACUGUAACUAUGCGAGCCCGUAUCCUCCUUACAGAAACCCGGAAUGGUUAUGCGAUGUCUGUGGUAGAGAGUUCCUCAGGGGCAGCGCCCCCUUCGUAUGCCAACCCGCCAACGCAACCGUAAGAAAACCCCCUCCUCGAUCCGGUUCUGCUCUCCUCCGUUAUUUUCGCCAGACUAACACAACGAUUUCGUGGUUCCCUUCACAGUUCGAUGAUAAGCCCCUCGGUCCCGUCGGCAGUUAUCAACGCAUCAACUUCACCAACUUCGUGACCGUCUCCGGCGCGCUCUCCGCCCCUCUCCUCCCCCUCAUCCGGCCCGCCGUGCCCCCGAACUUCGCCAAGGUCCCCGCCGGCAAGACCGGCGUGCUCGACUACGCCAUCGACCUCGUAAAUUACACGCGGCUGGGCGGCUUCCUCAGCUCGUUCCGCUACGCCUGCGCGGCGCCCGCGACCCGCGUGGCGGUCCCGUGCGUCGUCACCGUCAAACAGACCCGCGUGCUCGGCGCCACCCCGCCCUUCUCCUUCGCGACCGACACUUUCACCUUCCGCUCGAACGGCAGCGUCGCCGGCGGCCUGGCGGCGUCCCCGACCAUCCGCUCCGGCUUUCAGCAGUGUAUCAACGCCACCAUCCAGGCCAAGUGUCCCAACGGCGGACCCGUGGAUCUGUAUGUCGAUGAGCUGCUCCACGGGAUCAUCGCGACUCGCAAUGAUAACCUUGAGGGAUAG